AGAAUUUGGGGUGUGUGCAGCUUGGCUUGUCUUCUCUGAGACACAGGAGAGGGACAGAUGAAUGUUUAAACAGAAGGAGCCAAAAUGAAGACAGUGGUCAAGGGUUUGGAGAAGUCUAUGAUGGGCCCCUUGCAUCGUGACAGUUGGUGGAGCAGAAGGAUAGUGCUGAUGGUGUAUGUGGCCUUGGAGCUUGUGACAAUCCAUUCUUCCAUGGCCCUGGGUACCCUUGAGUUACAGCUAGAUGAAGAGCAACCAGCAGGCACAAUCGUGGGUGAUAUAAGUGCCGGGCUGCCCCCUGGCAUCACAGCAUCCCUGUACUUCAUCUCAGACCACGAGGGCACAGGCGUGGGUAGUGAUUUAGACAUAGAUGAGAGCACAGGCAUAAUUAAAACAGCCAAAGUUCUGGACCGGGAACUAAGGGAUAGAUACAAUUUCAUUGCAGUCACCAUGACAGGUGUCACGGUGGAGGUGACCAUCACGGUGAAUGACAUAAAUGACCACGCUCCAAUGUUUCCUAAAAAGCGGGCCACAUUUAAAAUCCCAGAGCAGACAGCCAUUGGCACCAGAUUUCCCCUUGAGCCGGCUGUGGAUGCCGAUAAAGACCAGCUGACUACCCAGGGUUACCUUAUCAAGGAUGGCAAUGUUGGCCAGGCCUUCACUUUGGAAACCAGGAGGGGUAGCAAUGAAGUUCUCUAUCUGGACUUGGUGGUCAAUGCUGUUCUAGACAGAGAGAAAAGAUCCACCUACACUUUAUCUUUGGAGGCCUUUGAUGGUGGUUCUCCGAAAAGGACAGAUCAGAUGACCUUAGAUAUUACUGUGCAAGAUAUUAAUGACAACGCUCCUGUUUUUAACCAGAGCCGCUACCAUGCCAUAAUAUCUGAGAACCUUCAACCGGGAAGCAACAUCCUGCAGGUGUUUGCCACUGAUGCAGAUGAAGGAGACAAUGGGAUGGUGCUGUAUGAGAUCAACAGGAGGCAGAGUGACCCAGAGCGCUACUUUGUCAUUGACUCUCGCAGUGGCAUCAUCACUCUAAACAAGCCCUUGGACUUUGAGAUGAGGAGAGUCCAUGAGUUGGUGAUCCAGGCGCAAGAUAAUGCCACCCAGCCAGAGGUCACCAAUGCCUUUGUCACUAUCCAUGUGAGAGACUACAAUGACAACCAGCCCACCAUGACCAUCAUCUUCCUCAGUGAGGACGGCUCUCCGCGAAUCUCAGAGGGGGCACAGCCAGGUCAGUAUGUGGCAAGGAUCUCAGUCACUGAUCCGGACUAUGGAGAGUAUGCCAACGUCAACGUGUCACUGGAGGGCGGCGAUGGGAAGUUUGCCCUGACCACUAAGGAUAAUAUCAUCUAUCUAAUCUGUGUGGACCAAAUUCUGGACCGGGAGGAGAGAGACACUUACGAGCUGAGGGUGAUGGCUACAGAUUCGGGCACGCCUCCUCUCAGGGCAGAGUCCUCCUUCACCAUCCAGGUGACCGACAUCAACGACAACCCCCCUCUUUUUGACCAGCCCGUGUACAAACAGGUCAUCCCUGAAGUGGUGUUUCCAGGGAGUUUUGUGCUGCAGGUGACAGCCAGAGACAAAGACCAGGGGCCCAAUGGGGACAUCACUUACAGCAUCCUACAAGACCACGGUACUCACUGGAACUGGUUCAGUAUAGACGCAGUGACGGGGAUUAUCACUACGCUCUCCAAACUGGAUUAUGAAAAGAACCCCAAGCCCAGUAUAACUGUGGUCGCCACAGAUGGUGGGAAGCCACCCCUGUCCUCCACAUCAGUGGUAAACAUCAUACUUCAGGAUAUAAAUGACAAUGAGCCUGUUUUUGAAAGGAACUUCUACAAUAUAUCCAUCAAGGAGAACACAGCUCCGGGGACGUGCAUUCUCGAGGUGACUGCGACAGAUGCAGAUGGCGGCUCCUUUGGCUCCAUUACCUAUUCCCUGGGCUCUGGCAUUAACAGCGCUGUUCCCACUCAGUUCACCAUUGGCAAAGAGACUGGCCAGAUCUGCACCAGCGUUUCACUCGACAGAGACCAGGGCCCGGCCAGCUACGACUUCACUGUGACGGCAGUGGACGGGGGUGGACUGAGCUCAGUAACCUACGUGAAGGUAGACGUGGUGGACAUUAAUGAUAACAGACCUGCCUUCUACCCGGUGAACUACGCUGUCAGCUUGAGCACGCAGAGCGCCCCUGGGACCUCGGUGGUGAGAGUGAUGGCCUAUGACCCCGACACCGGGGAAAAUGGUAGAGUUACAUACAGGACCGUGCCUGGCGGAGCCUCCCCUUACUUCACUCUCAACAAAGACACAGGUGUCAUCUCCCUCUCUCGAUCCCUCCACGGAAAGGCCAACUCUGUGAUCCCCAUGGUGAUCUCGGCCCAGGACGGCGGGGGUCUGGUUGCCCUUGUCAACGCUCGCGUCAACAUCAGUGUGGUGGCAGGGCUGGUGGCGCCACCUGUCUUCGAAAAGAUGCAGUAUUACUUCACCGUGUCAGAGGACGUCUUGCGCGGGACGGUCGUCGGUAUCGUCCAGGCGAGCAGUAAGACCGGCACCUCCAAAGAUAUCUCCUACACCAUCAGCUCCGGGGACCCGGCGGGCUACUUCACCGUGGAUCCUGACACGGGGGCCCUGAGGACCAGCCUUCCCCUGGAUCAUGAGGCCCAGUCAAGCCUCGAUCUGGAGGUCCAGGCUCGCAGCGGCAGCCCCCCUGCCUUCGGCCAGACCCGCGUUCACAUUACCAUCGUGGACGUCAACGAUAACCCGCCUGUUUUUCUGCCCUCGUCAUCGGAGUCCCUCCUGCUGCCAGAGCAUACGGAGAUGGGUACGGUGGUGUACCGCGUCCAGGCUGAGGACAGAGACUCUGGCGCCAAUAGCCAACUCACUUUUGAUCUAUCCUCUCCCAGUGGUGCCCAGAGGAUAUUCAGCAUCGAGCGCAGCAGUGGAGAAAUCCGCCUGGUGGGGAGUCUGUCCUACGAGAGCAUCCCCCGCUAUGACCUUCAGGUGACGGCUAAGGAUAGCGGGAUACCCCAGUUAAGCGCCACGUUCAUGCUUGUGGUUCACGUCCAGGCAGAGAAUGACCACGGGCCUGUGUUCGAUACCCUCACGUACCGCGUGGAGCUCAAGGAGGGCACUCCGCUUAACACGCGCUUCCUGCAGGUCAGGGCUCUGAACCGAGAAACCUCGAGCUCGGGCUCCUCCUGUCCCCUGGCUUACCAUCUGCGUCCGGAUGGAGAUGCUGCAGGCUUUGGCAUCGCCGCCGACAGUGGCUGGCUGUUUGUGAAGAGCGCCCUUGACAGAGAAGUAAAGGACAUGUAUCUGGUAACGGUGUUGGCCAGCGCCGGUCAUGGACAGAUGAAGAAGACUGGCAGCGCCACAGUGCGGAUAUCGGUGACAGACGAGAACGAUAACUCCCCCCGGCUCACACAGGAGAGGGUCUUCAUGGCUUUGAGAGAGAAUCUACCGCCAGGAACCGGCCUGGGCCACGUGUUGGCCACCGACCGUGACAGCGGCCCCAACGGACGCCUCACGUACCGCCUCUUUCACCCUGACCGUCACUUCCAGAUCAACUCCCACACAGGUGAGAUCAGCACAAGGACAGUCCUGGACAGAGAGCAUCAGUCUAGUUACCAGCUGGUGGUGGUGGUGCAGGAUGGAGGCUCACCCGCUCGCAGUGCCACAGGCACAGCCUUUAUCACAGUUCUGGAUGACAACGACAAUGCCCCCGCCUUCACCCACAGCCAGCCUGGCAAAGUGCUCAUCAUGCAGGUGCUGGAGGGCCAGCCCUCCGGCUUUCUGGUGGGCACGUUGCAAGCCAAAGACCCUGACGAGGGGGAGAACGGCACGAUAUCGUACUCUUUGUCAGGUCCCAGGGCUGAGCGCUUCUCCUUGAACCCCAACACCGGUGAACUGCGCUCGUCGUCCCCUCUCAGCCACUCGGAGCGAGCCGAGUACACCCUGACGGUGACGGCCACGGACCGAGGCCUGCCCCCUCGCAGCGCCUCCUGCUCCCUCAGCGUACAGGUUCUCAGUGUGAACAGACCUACUUCUAAGACCAACUCACUCUCCAUAUCCUUCAACUCCGUGGAGGAGGCCAAGCCCGGCUCAAUCAUCGGAUCUGUUCGCUUCCAUGACGGAGAGGCCCCAGAGGCGGGCGAGGUGACCUACACCGUGGUUGGUGGCACAGACCAAGAUGGGACCUUCGUGGUGGACCGCCUGACCGGAGACGUCUAUCUGGCUCGGCCUUUGGACUACGAGCGAGACGCCCGCUACACCCUGCAGAUCGAGGUGGACGACUUCUCUCAGACCCUUCCCAGCAGCACCUUGGUCCAGCUGGACAUUGACGUGGAGGACAGCAACGACCACGCCCCCCAGUUCCCCGAGGACCCCAUAACCAUCGUCAUCCCUGAGAGCAUGGAGUCCGGCUCGUCCGUCUACACCUUCCAGGCCACCGACAAGGACGGCAGCGGGCCCAACAGUGAACUGAGCUACUCCAUUCUUCACCAGUGGCCCAACACUCCCGGUUUGCUCAUCCUCGACCCGUCCACCGGGAUUCUCUCCUUGGGACAGGAGCUGGACCACGAAGCCACGUCCUCUCUGAUCCUGGUCGUCCAGGCCACAGACUCUCCCCUCAACGCCAGCCAGAGGCGCUGGGGUUCUGUCACGGCGAGGAUCUAUGUCACCGAUGAGAACGACAACGCGCCAGUGUUCAGCUCGCCCACGGCGGUCAGCGUGAUGGAGGACCAACCCGUGGGCUUUGUGGUGCUCUACGUCAUGGCAAGAGACGCAGACCAAGGGGAGAAUGGCCGGAUGACCUACAGCAUCCAGUCAGGCAACACAGGAGGGACAUUCAGCCUCAACCCCAACACUGGCUCUCUUUCUAUUUUCAAACCUCUGGACCGUGAGGAGCAGGAUAUCUUUAACCUCACAAUAAUUGCCGAGGAUCAUGGGAUACCCCAGCACUCAUCCAGCCAGCUGCUGUGCGUCCACGUGAUUGAUGUGAACGAUGAGGCACCGUGGUUUGAGGAGAGCCAGUACGAAGCCCAGAUUGCGGAGAAUCGGCCUCCGGGAUCCACGGUGUUGACGGUGUCUGCGUCUGAUCUGGACCAAGGGACCAAUGGUCAGGUGACAUAUGGAGGCAUCUCAGUGGAGGGCUUCAGCAUCAACCCGGUGACAGGUGUCAUAACGACCACAAAGACACUGGACAGGGAGCAGCAAGAGCACUACACUGUGACAGUUUAUGCAAAAGAUGGGGGCACUCCGCCCAACUAUGCCAAAGCCACUGUAAUGAUCAGAGUACUUGAUGAGAAUGACAACGCCCCUACAUUUGGACGUCUCUACUACAGUAUUGAGGUGCCUGAAAACCUGGAGCCGUCGCCUCUGUUCACCGUCAGAGCCACGGACCAGGACACGGGGGAAAGCGGGGUGAUGAGUUACAGAAUAACAGCUGGAGACCCGUCAGGAGAUUUCCGCCUGGACAGGCAGUCAGGUGUUCUGUCAACCUCAAGGUCCCUGGAUCGGGAGAAGAAGGCCAAAUACAGCCUAACAAUCACAGCUCAGGACCGGGGCCAGCCUCCCCUCAGCAGCACAGCCACUGUGGAGGUGACAAUCCUGGACAUCAACGACAACAGCCCCCAGUUCCAGAGCAGCAGCUAUACUGCAGACGUGUCUGAAAAUGUCCCCAUUGGCUCUCUGGUCCUGGAGGUGAAAGCCAUAGAUCUGGAUGAGGGUCCCAACAGCCAGGUGCUGUACUUCCUGAGCCACGGCUCCCAGAGCAAGUUCAUCAUAGACCAGAACACAGGCCGCAUCAUCACAGCAGCACCCCUAGAUAGAGAAAAAACAGCCUCCUACAGCUUUGAGGUCUGCGCUACUGACUCCUCCCCAGCAAACCCGCGUAACUCCACUGCUCAGGUGACUGUCUACAUUCAGGAUGUGAACGACAACGCUCCCUUCUUCAUCCAAGAUCCGCUCAUCGUCAACAUCUCUGCCAGUGCUGUGUCCAGCCGCCAGGUGCUGGCCACCAUGAGGGCAGAGGACAAGGACUUUGGGGCCAAUGGCUCCGUGUUUUACCGCUUUGCCAGCCCUGUGAGAGGUUUCACCAUCAACUCCCUGACUGGAGACAUCCAGGCCACAGAGAAGCUGCAGUCUCUUACCCAAAGCCAGAGGACCCUGAUAGUGGAGGCCAUGGACCAAGGGAGCCCGGCUCAGUCCUCCCUGGGGGUGGUGAUCAUUUAUGUCAGGGAGCAGAGCUACAGGGGCAUCCGGUUCUCUCGCAAUGCACGAGAUGUCAGCCUGCAGGAGAACGCUGCUAAAGGCACAGCAGUAACACAGACUCAGGCCCAGUACCCUGAUGGUUCCCAAACUGGGAUCAUGUACAGUAUCUUCAGUGGAAACAAAAUGCAGUCUUUUGGAAUCAGCUCCUUCACUGGGGAAAUUUGGGUCCAGAACUCUGAGGGACUGGACUUUGAGGAGACCCCAAGACUCCGCCUUGUGGUAAAAGCUGAAACAGCAUCCUCCAGUACCUACAUGGCUGUCAACCUAAUCCUGCAGGACGUCAACGACAACUUGCCACGAUUCCAGCUCCAGAACUAUGUGGCCUACAUUAGGGAAGCACAAGGCUAUGAUUUCCCCAUUAUCCAGGUUGCGGCAGAUGACCUGGACCAGGGUCAGAACGGUCAGGUGACCUACUCCAUCAGGUCGUCAUCCAUGAGUGGCUUGUUUAAGAUUGAUCCGCUGACUGGCAGCAUCACCACCGCAGCGAUCAUGGACAGAGAAAUCUGGACACAAACAAAGCUUGUUGUUACAGCAACAGACCGGGGAACCCCACGGCUGGCUGGCUCUGCCACGCUCACCGUGAUCAUCAUCGACCUCAACGACAACAGCCCCACAAUUCCCCUGCCUCGGGAGAUCCGAGUGCCUGAGGAUACUCUGAUUGGCACCGUGAUCACUCGGGUGACAGGAAAUGAUGUGGACUCCGGACCAGCCCUGUCCUACACACUGCAGCUGGAGGCAGAUUGCCAGGGCAUGUUUGGGAUCCAUCGAUAUGGAGGAGGGGUGUCUCUGACUGGCCCACUGGACUAUGAGGAGAGGACCUGGUACACUCUGACCAUCCGUUCAUCAGACUCCAAACAUCAGAGUGAAGCCAACCUCACGGUGCUGGUGGACGAUAUGAAUGAUAACGCUCCCAUAUUCACCCAAGACCUGUAUCAGGUAACGGUAUCUGAGCACCUCCCAGCUGGCAGUUCAGUCAUCACAGUAACAGCCACUGAUCGUGACUCUGGAGAAAAUGGGAAGAUUACCUACAGAGUGAUGUCAUCAAGCAGGGACAUAUUCUACAUUGACCCAAGCAAUGGUACCCUGUUCAUCACCCAGAAGACAGAGUUUGAUUUCGAGAGCCCCUCCAUUUUGGUGGUAAUUGAGGCUCGGGACCAGGGCACGCCAUCCCUUUCCUCCAUUGCCACUGUCCAGGUGCAGGUGUCUGACAUCAACGAUAACGCCCCUAUUUUUCACCAAUCAGAGUACAGAGCCAGUGUGUCCGAGGAUGGCCUCCCUGGAUCCACGAUCCUGACCCUGGAAGCUAUAGAUGGAGACCUGUCCCGGGACAACUGUGGUUUUGAUUUUGCUAUUGCCAGUGGAAACUCUGGCAAUGCCUUCCAGAUUGAGAGCAGUGUGCGCUUCCUGGAGGGGAGGGGUUUCCAGACAGUGGGCAGCCUGAUCCUGAUAGAGGGGCUGGACUUUGAGGCAGUUCCAAGUUAUAAUCUGACCGUUGUGGUGUCAGAUCGUGGCAUCCCUCAGCGGAGCUCAAGUGUGCCUAUCCUCAUCAAUGUUAUAGAUGCCAAUGACAACCCCCCAGCGUUCAGCCGAGCAGAAUACAGCGUGGUGCUUAAUGAGGGUGCAGCAGCAGGCACAGAGAUCCUGCAUCUAUCUGCCACCGACCCAGACUCUGCCCCCAACGGAGAGGUUCAGUACUUUAUAAGCUCAGGGGACGAGACGGGCCUAUUCCAGGUGGACCAGUGGACCGGGGCCUUGAGGCUUCAAAGACCUCUGGACAGUGAGAGGCAGUCAUCCCACAUGAUUGUUGUCCAAGCCACUGAUGGUCAAGGGCACUACGCCCUGGCCCCGGUCAGUGUGGAGGUGAAGGACAUCAAUGAUAACAGGCCCUACUUCCCCCUCAAAUUACUUACUGCGAGCAUCAGGGAAAACCAACCCCAGAAUGCCUUAGUCACCAUGCUGCAUGCCAUUGACGAUGAUAGAGGUGUUUUUGGACAGUUGAAAUAUUACAUGUUAGACAACUCUAAAGAGGGAAGAGAAGCUUUCCUUAUCAACCAAACUUCUGGCGAAGUGCGAACGCGCACUACUUUUGACUUUGAAAAGGUGAACUCUUUCCAUUUUGUGGCUGUUGCCAUGGAUGCCGGCAACUAUUCUGCCACAGUCACAGUGCAGGUCUAUGUGACAGGGGAGGAUGAGUAUGAUCCUGUGUUUACCUCCUCAGAGUUCUCCUUCCAAGUGCCUGAGGGAGCAAAGAAAGGGCAGAGCAUCGGCCAAGUGCAGGCCAGAGAUGAGGAUGGAGGGGUGGAUGGCAUUAUCCUCUACUCUCUAUCAGACACUUCACCUUACUUUGAGGUUAAUAAAUCAACAGGUGUGAUUUCCUUGAAGAUGGACAGCUACAGCAGACAUGUGAGCCGCUCUAAAAGAGAGGUGCGUCUAAUAACACUGGACUUAAUCGCUCACAGCCCUCUGGGGACAUCCCGCAUGGCAACCACCAAAGUUGCCAUUGAUGUGACCCAUACAUCUUUCGGUCUAGCCACAGAUAUGAACAUGCUGCUUAUCAGUGUCAUCGCAGUCUCACUUGGGACUAUAGUCAUCCUCAUUAUAAUUGCUGUGGCUCUGUUUUUCGUGAAAUUACGACGCAAGAAGAAGGAGCAAAAAGCUCGCUCCCGAACAUCAACAUCGGGCACAGUGUUACACAAGCUUGAGGAAACCAAAUUAGCAGAGAGUGAAAUGAUCUACCAUCAGACCCUUCCUGGAUACGCACCUGAGCAGGGGGGAAACAGUGGAGGUCCAUACACUCGCGGUGGUUCGCUGGAUCCCUCCCACUCCAGUGGCCGUGGUUCAGCUGAGGCAGAGGCAGCAGAGGAUGAUGAGAUCAGAAUGAUAAAUGAAUACCCUCGAGUGUCCAGCAUCUCCUCCUCCAUGCAGGAGCGCAUCUCUGCCCGAGGCCCAGACUCUGGAAUUCAGCAGGAUGCAGACCAGCUCUCAGAUGUGUCUUGUGAGCCUUCCAUAGAUGCCAACCACUGGUUCAAAGGGAAGAAACUGGGCAGUCUCAAUGGUACACUGUUAGCUGGCCAGGUGCCAGUCUACAGGGAUGAGGGGGGUGGAUAUCUGGGUGUGGGAAGGGGACUUAGCAUCUCUCACCCUAAAGACUAUACCUUUCCAGAGGAUGGAAAGCCUGCCGUGGACGGCUCCCUAACAGCCAUCGUGGCCAGUGACGAGGAGCUGAGGGGCAGCUAUAACUGGGAUUACCUACUAAACUGGUGCCCCCAGUUCCAACCCUUAGCUAAUGUAUUCACAGAAAUUGCACGGUUAAAGGAUGAAACAGCUCCUUCUAAUCCUCGCAGGUCAUUUCAUCAGAAAGCAAAGGCAGAGCCAAGAAUUGACCCGCCACCCCUUAUUACCUCCGUGGCUCACCCUGGGGCCAAAACUGUACCUCCUAAGCCUGCCAUGGGGAGGACAUUCCCCCACCUGGCUUCUUUACGAAGAUCUCCCAUCAGUAGUGAGGGAUCCAUCUCCUCGGUCGCCAUGUCUCCGAGUUUCUCCCCCUCCCUCUCGCCGCUGGCAGCCCGCUCUCCAGCCAUCACACCCUUCAAUGUCUCACAGGGCCCUUCAGCGUCCAUGAUCAGCACCACUGAUCACAAUCUGGAACACAGUGAGGAGGCUGAGAUGAGGAUUUAAAUUCUACAGAUUUCAUCUAAAGGUUGAACUUGAACUGAGUUGUUGUCCCAGCGUUGUUCUACUGUAUGACAACAGGGGCUGUAAGCCCAAAUGAGUCAAUGCAAUACUCUUUGGUCAGUCUAAGACAAUAAAUACACAGGAUUAUACAAAGUAAUCCAAAUAGCUGAAGGUGUGGUGCUUACUGAAGAAAACCUGAACUAGAUGACUAACAGGCCAAAAUGGACGAUGCCUUUUUAGGAAGAAACUCCCUUCUCUCCUGGUGAUUAGUGUUAAUUUGCACAUUCAAAUGGGGAUUCAUACAUGAUGUCAAUAUUUUGUACAAAAGCAUUGUUUGUCUAUAUUUUUAUACUGACAUAUGGUUUCUGACAAGAAAUGGCAUUGCUGUGUCAAAAGGUUGCUAUAACCUCAGAAUAUAUUUCUAUAUUUGUAUAUUUGUAGCUUGUACUGUAUACUUGUUUGUACUGUAAGUUGGUUCUAUCUCUUGUAAUUCUUAACCUUGUGGUUUUAAAUGAUGCGCGCAUUAAUGUUUUAUGAUUUGGGAUUUUGUUACAGAUUGUAAAUAUUUAUAAAAGCAGAAGCGUCCUUGCUUGAACAAAUGAAACAUCAGUCAGAAUACAGUAUUGUGUGAUCAGAUUUCUAAGAAUCCAGUGUUUGAUCUCUCAUCAAAAUUUAAACACGAGUGUUGUCUUAGUUCUCAACGCAUGUCCCUUCAUUUUCCUUGAAGGAAAAUUGAACUUGAUGUCCAAUGAUCCUAUCAUUCAGGUGAGCUGGCUUUAAUUUAUCACAAUGAGCCUUACCUUUGUGCACCACUUGCUUUUCAUUUUGCAAUGAAAAAUUAUUGAAAUGAGGGAGAGCACUGAGCAGCUACAUGGUUGAAAGUAAAUGCAAAUUUGUUUGCUGAAUCUGCAACCCUAUCCACUGAGGUUAUGAUUCCACUGAUCUAAACAUUCCACAGGAUGUAAGCUGGUCUUGUUCAUUUGUGUACUUAUCAGAAAGCCCUCAGUAAAACAAUAAUAAUCUAAGGUAACAUAAUCUUGGCCCAGUGUAAAUAGGAUGUGUUUCAUAUCGAACAUAUGGACCACAGAAAUUCACAGCAGAUUUUCCCAUUUCUUUCCAAGGAGUUUGGGUUGUACAGAUUUAAUGCAGAUGAAUGUCUUAAUGGACCAAUUUUGGCUGCCCUUCUAUGGUAGCGCUAUAAAGAAUGCUAUAUGGAUUAAUGGUAAUACUAACAAAUGUAACGUACUAAAUGAAGGAAUUACGACACGAGCAUGUUUAUGAAUGUUCAAACACCACCAGAGAAUGUUGAUUAGGAACUCAUGCCAUUUACAUUAUAAGCCAUAAUUAUAUAUGGCUAUUACACAAGGCUUAGCCCAUAAAUGUAUUCAUGAUCAUACUUGCGGUUGUGGCAGCCAUGUAUAACUACCUUGAGCCGUGCCACGGCCUGGCUCUGGAAAUUCCAAUUUUCCUCAGAUUAUCAUGAAAAUGUUUGUUCUGUUAACAGUUUUUGACCCUUGAUGACUUUUUUGAUUGUUAAGACGCAACACUAACUUCUACUUCUACUUUUAUUUAUUAUAUUGGUAGAUCCUCUCAGACACUGAGAGGCUAGGUAAAUUAUUUAGAAGUAUGCUGUCACUACUUUGACUUUGGCCAAAAAUACAUGAAAACUACCUAUUUCCUAGAAUGAAAGUACCUUAUUAUUUGUACUAUAUUGUUUCGUAUUGGACAGUGUUACCUACCACUUAUGUUUUGUUUUUGUUUUGUUUUUUUUAACUGUGCAUAUUAUAGUGCCACAGAGAAGAGAAGUCCCUCCAGAUGUUCACACAU